AACUGCCUGCAAGACAGUUUCGUAGUAGAAGACCCCCUGUAUGGUUAAAAGAUUAUGAGACUGAUUAUUAGAUUAUAUACUAUAUGCCAUACUAAAUACUAGUACCUAAUGUUCUUUCUUUGUCGUUUUAGAUUUAAAGGCAUGGCGAAGACAAAGAUGACAAAGAGAAGCGGGACAAGGAAAUGUCCAAUGUGUUCCAGUGUUUUCCAUGGUGAUGUUGAGUUUUCCACCUAUGUGGUAGAGUGUGCAAUGAAGGAGCAUUCAUGUGAUUUUUGCGAUUUUACGUCUCAGAAAGAGUGUAAUGUCAGAAGACAUAUGAAGAGAGCGCACACUGGAUUGACAGAAAGUCCUAUUGCAUUGGGACAGAAGCUGGUUGAAACAGACGAAGUCCCGGAAAAGGCGAAGAACACUGAAAAUGCCAAUAAUAUUGUGUCAAGUGAGGACGAAUCAGAAGAUGAAGAAUGGUUGUCACAAGACCCAGGUGAUCUACUUUCAACGGAAACUACGUCCAGUAGUACAACUUGUGCCAGUGAUGGAAAUAAGAUUAAAGAAACAGUCAAUAAAGAGAUAUCGGAUCUCAUGGUGGGCCGUGUUUUCCGCAAGAAAACGACCCCUUCUCUUCCAGGGAAACGUACAUCAGCAGAUGAUGUCAGAAAACCCAACGUAGAUGAUUGUCAAACGAAGAAAGCGAAGAUUGACGUUAGUACACAAACAGAGUUUAGAAGAGGAAUUUCAGUAAAGACUGUCAGGAAGUACAGAGAGGGCGAGGUUGACAUUAAAGAAACCACGACAUAGCAAUUGAUCUUGUUUUAAAUUUUGAAUUGUCAUCUUCAACACAGAUAGUGUUAUGAGCAUUGUACUUGUUAACCACUAUUAAGCAGU